AUGCUAUCUCCAGGUGGCAAUAAAUGUACAAUACUGAUUAAGCAGUUCCGUCUCGUGAAAAGUCUUCUGAUGGAUCUCUGUCUUGUUCUUCUUGCUGGUGGAAUGCUGGGAGCAUUGAGACGCAAUGCCACCUUGGAUAAGUUCUUUGUACUGCAAACGCUCAGCUCACUUGCCAUUGGUCUGACGGCCAUGUUGUCUUCACUGCGUUGUUUUGGUAACAAUAGGACUACUUUCUGGAGGGAAUCGUCUACCGGCAUCAAUCGCCUCAGCUACUUCCUGGCUGUGAAUAUCGUGCAACUACCUAUCAUAAUAAUCACGCCUAUGGUCUACCUCAGUCUGCUCUACCCCUUGGUUUCACCUCGAG